AUGGCCCAUGAACCGCGCAUCGUAAUUUUCUUACUCGGCUGUCGUGCACCUAGUGGAGACUCGUAUAGCGUCUCCGCCGAAUGUGAGGUCGACGAAGACGAGCGUCCGGAUGGCAAGACAUGGGUCGACCACGUCCCCGAGUACCUCGACAUAUCAGUACAGCAGAUUCAGAACUUCUCAACGCCUGGGGCAUCCACAGAAGAAGACCUCGACGAACAACUAGCCCGAUUCAGCAACCUCAAUCAAAGUGGUGGCCGUCUCGCCUUAUCCUCAGCGACCUACGGUUCGCCUCUCUCCGCCUUUAACCUCCUUACGCAUGUCCUCUUCUUCGGCAUCAACGACUGCGGGCAAAACACCGCAGACAGGCUCGGCCCUAUCGUUGACAAGGUCAUUGACGCCGCACAAAGUCUGUACACAAAGUUCGGGGCGAGGAACUUUGUCUUCGUGGACGUGCCGCCAACGGACCGGGCACCCGCAGCGGUCCGAAUGGAGUGCGGGGAUACCGUUCAAGGCCGUGUGAACGCCUGGAACGACCAUUUGCGCGCGAAGGUCACCGAAUGGACAUCAGAAACUCAGGCAAAGACGACCCUCUUCUCCUCGCAUGAAGUCAUAACUGGCAUCCUUGACGAGCCUGAGAAGUACGAAUUUUCGAAGGAGGAUGUGGCGAAGGAGGGCGGGGAGAUCUGGGUGGAUGACCUGCACAAGGGGGGUCGUAUCUGCACUGGAGUACCCGGGGGCAUUACUUACGCGUAG